AUGUUGUCCGAGUCGUCGUACAGCGGUGAAAUGGAAAAACGGCCACUGCUCUCGUCGAAAAAAACACCGAUCCGUCGUUCGCUAUUGGCCAGUUUUCUUGCUUCCGUGAUGUCGUUUGCUUCGGGGACCGUGGUUGGUGGCUGGACGGCCCCUCAGCAUCCCGAAUCCGUUGGAGAGAUGAUGUUCAUGAUGGACACCAUGGAUAUAUCGUCAUGGGUCGUUUCCAUUUAUCUGAUUGGUGCUCUCCUGGGUGCACUUCCGGCCGGACAGUUAUCCCGGACCUUCGGCCGCAAGAAGUUCUUGCUGUUGCUCGCAAUUCCCAUGACGCUUGGAUGGCUAUUAAUCACGAUCUUCGUGAAUCACGUGUCCUUGAUUCUAGUCGGACGUUUCCUGUGUGGACUGUCGCUGGGUGCUGUCACGGUGGCUGUGCCACUGUACAACUACGACGUGGCGCCAAACGUGUGCCGCGGCCGUGGUGGCGUGUUCCUCGACUUCAUGCUGUGCGUGGGCAUCCUGUACUCAUACGUGUCCAGCGCCCUACUGGGCCUGCGCGUGUUCGCGUUCACCUGCGCCGUCUUUCCACUAGUGUUCUGCGUCCUUUUCUGGCGCAUGCCCGAAUCGCCGCUGUACCUGUACAGCCGAGGGCGCUUCUUGGACGCCAAAGCAUCCCUCAGAUGGCUGCAGGGAGACGACUUCGACGUUACCACGGCAUUCGACGAGUACGCGAAACUGCAGACCGAAGACGACGUUCUUCCAGCCGACAAGGAAUCGCAAUCCUCAGGAAGGAAGAGAGCUUUCGUGAAAGCAGUGGUCCUGUCGUUACUUUUGGCCACCGUGCAGAGGUUGUCCGGUGCCGGAGCCAUCAUACAGUACACGGCGAAACUUUUCUGCAUUUCCGGGUCGUCGGUGGCUCCAAACACGGCGUCGAUAAUAACCGGAGUUUUCCAGCUGAUCGGUUCUGGCAUCACCAUUUUCCUCAUCGACAGGGUGGGCCGCCGAAGACUUCUACUCGUCUCGUCAUCGGUCGUGGUGGCGUGCUUGGCCAUGUUGACUACGUACUUCUAUUUCUUGAACAAAGGCAUGUUGGAGAACUCCUUGAAAAUACUACCGAUAGUCAUAGUAUGCACGUUCAUCUCGUUCUUCAGGCUUGGGUUGGGACCGAUACCGUGGUUCAUUACCACCGAGCUUAUCGGAGCCGAUCACUCUAAUCGCGCCCAGUCUUGCAUAGUCUCCUACUCAUGGAUAUUGUCGUUUGUAGUGAUGAAAACGUUUGUCAUGCUGGUCGACGAGUGGCCCGUGGCCUUGUGGCUUGGUUACACCGUCAUAUCAGUUUUCGGGUAUCUAUUCAUAUUGUUUUUCGUACCUGAAACCAACAACAAGAAUGCUGAUGAAAUCCGUCAGUCACUAGCAAAAACGUAUCAAAUAAAUUCGUCCUGA